AUGGCUUCGUCGCUGCCACCACCUAUCUCCGCGCUUCCGCCAGAGAUCCUCCAUCAGAUCCUGACAUACCUUUCCGUCCCGACUCUCCUCAUAUUCGCGCGAACAUCUCGGCAACAUUACUCGGCCGCCUCUCGCGCCUUGCAAACCCUCCAGAUCGCGAUCCUCCCCCGGCGUAUCCACGGUCUCCUAGCCUUUCUCAAUUCGUCCCUUCUCGAGGAAACAGAUGUCCUCUACGGAGAGCCAGACUACGAUGUUCCCACUCCAAAUCAAAUCGUGGUCUCUUGCCCUCUUCCUGUACCACUGAUCGGCAGCAAAGCGUCCAAACCGAAAAAUCCAACCGAGCCACCUCCCACCCCGGCUCAGCACCGCGAGCAACUCUUCCGGCUCCAGGAUGCUCUUGCCUGCUCCAUCUUAACCACUUCCAGCCUGGUACAUCUUCGUUCCUUGACCCUGCACAUCUACACCAUCACGUCCCCUUCCCUCCCGGAGAUUCUUGCGACCUGUUUUCCCGAUCUUCGUCACCUCCAUCUGAACUUCAGUCACCCCUACCUCCACGACGCAUGUUUACCAGCGCACUAUUGGACAUCAUCUGAGUACCUGCGGGCCAGUCCGAUCUGGGAUGCCUUGGCCGGGAUCGGUGACGAACUUGAAUCGAGUGUAAAACUAAUAAACCUAGAGAGGCUGACUGUCGAGCGCGCCGGCAUCACGAGGACUCAGUUACAGAAAUGGGUGGAAAGAAAUCCCAGGUUACAGAGCCUAACGUUACGGAAUGUCGCCGGCGUAGACGCAAGUUUUGUGAAGUGGCUCGGUGGUGUCAGCAGAGUGUCGUCGAGAUCCGUCAUGCUAAAGAGCCUUGCAUUGGAACAUUGCUCCUCUCUGACCCUCGGCACGGUUGAGGAUUUCACGUGGCUUGAUUCCUUGUUUGACAUUGACGAUGCUCAGACCCCAACGCACCAAGACCCAGAUGCGACUUCGGCACUCCUAGUCUUGUCUUUGCAGGGCUCGAAUGGCGUAUCCAUGCCUCCACUAUUCACGUAUCUCGAAACCAGGCGACCAGCUCUGCUUCAAAUCACUCUACCAGAUGGAAGACGCCUAACGGCUUGGGCUUCACCGACCUUCUCAAGACCAAGUCCUUCCUGCAGCAACACAGGCCAACAGCACCAAGCGCUCGAAGGACUUACAGACAUGGCAGGAAAUGGGCCUGACCGGAACGUCGAUAUUCACAGCAGCCACGCCCAUGGGUACAGGAGGGUCGGGAGACGGAUCGCCGGUUUCCUACCUUUGUACGAUAACACGGGGGAAUACACGACCUACUUACGACCACAGGUCCAGACGGCUGGUGACUAUCGAGCCAGAUACGAGAUGACACAGCUCAAGAGCCAGUUUGGGCCGAUGCAGGCCGAGUUGUAA